CCCAAAAAAUUUCUCCUCUUUUCUCUCUCUCUGUCUCAAAGUUAGUAGUAUCUUUCGCUUUGUGUCUUCUGCCUUUUCUUUUUGGUUGGUUCUCUGUGUGUUUCGUCAGUGUUAAGUCUGGAACCAGAGAUGGUGACGUCAGAUGAUUGGACGAAGUCAGCGAUGAGAGAUGGAGAAGUGGUGGCUGAGCUUCUUGUUAAGCUCAAGAAAGCCAAAGUGAGACCUGUUCUGUUCUCGUGUCCUACGCUCCGGUGGGGAAACCGGCAGCCACGGUCGAGAAAAGAAGCUGAAUCAGCGAGAUGUAGCCCGAGUACACCGCUCUCUUGGAGCGCUUCUUCUUCUCCAUCUGCUUACCUCGACGGUCACGAGGCCACCAUUGGCUCAUCACCCGUCGGAUCUAGAUCCAAGGUUCUUGUAACCGCAGACUUGGAUUUUGAUGUCAAAAGAUUGCAGAACAAAAAGGACAUUGCAUUGCUCAGCGAACGAGGAGACAUCAAGAACAAGAACUUAAAGAGAAUGAAGUUGAACACACAAAUUUCUACGUCUCUCUCAGAAUGUAAUUUGGUAGAGAAUGAGGAUGGCAGUUUCCUGCUACCUGACUUGAAUUUAAUGCCAUGUGAGGAAGCAACACUAUAUGAUUAUAAGUAUUGUAAGGUGAAGGAUACUCACUUAAACCAUUAGAAACUGGUUUUAUCAGAGUGGACUCAUCUGAUCAUCUUUGGCUCAGCUUCAGAAAAGAGUCUGCCUCGCAGGAGCUCAAGAAAAAAUGGAAAAAGAUCUGCGUAUUCGUCCAUAUAUCACAGAUAAAAGAUCAUAAGCAGAUGUGUAGGAUAAAGAAAACAAAUAUUUUUUUGGUUUCUUUUGUAGUGUCAUUUUGUAAUGUUUGUCUAUAUUAGCACAAGGAGGAGUCAUUUUGUAAUGUUCUUUGAUGGCUCCUCGCUUAUAAAAUCCAAACAAACGAGCAACAUUGAAUUUAAAUGUCACUUUCGACAACCA